UCAUCAUAAUAAAGCGCAACUGGCAGGGGGUCUGAACCUCUGCCAUUCUUACAAAAGCGUCUCGAAUCCUCCGCGAGUCAAAGCUGAGCGCGCGCAUCCGCCGGGAGAACUUCACGCGCUCUGAGAGGACUCAGGUGUCGCGCGCUUGUGGAGUACCACGAGAGAGGUGACUUUGAAACGGUGCGUUUUUUUUAUUUACAUACUUGCUAUUGCCUUUAAUCCUGUGGACUUUGAGACUGACAUGCUGAGAUGUUUCCCUGAACAACUAUUAUAAAUCAUAACUGCUGUGGUGGUGUGGUGAAUGAUCUUUUGUGUAAACGGAAGAUAUGCCUGCUUAAUUCUGACUGCAUAAAACUUUAAAAGGAGAAAAAAGUUAUUUAAAAGCCAUGCCUCGACCAGGCAAGAACUCCUACAGUGACCAAAAGCCUCCGUACUCCUACAUCUCUCUGACGGCUAUGGCCAUCCAGAGCUCCUCCGAGAAGAUGCUCCCCCUCAGCGACAUCUACAAAUUCAUCAUGGACCGUUUUCCUUAUUACCGCGAGAACACUCAGCGCUGGCAAAACUCACUCCGGCACAAUCUUUCGUUUAACGACUGCUUCAUCAAGAUCCCCCGCCGUCCUGACCAGCCGGGCAAGGGCAGCUUCUGGGCCCUGCAUCCAGACUGCGGGGACAUGUUUGAGAACGGAAGCUUUUUGCGUCGCCGAAAACGUUUCAAGCUUCUGCGAAUGGAGCAUUCGGCAUGCAAGAGCACCCCUGUGCUCCACUCUUACCACUCUCACCAUCACACUCCGCAUUCUUUGCAUCAAGCCCACCACCAUUCAGGUAAACUGGGCAUGGGCCAUCCAGAGUACCUGGGCACCAUGGGCCGCCUCUCACACUUCCAGAGCUACACGCUGAGUGGCGGGCAGAGUGGCAGCUUUAAGCACCCCUUUGCCAUUGAGAGCCUGAUUGGUCGAGACUAUAAAGGAGUGAUGGCCAGUGGCUUGCCCAUCGCCUCUGUCAUGCAUCACCUUGGUUAUCCUGUGCCUGCUCAGCUCGGGGGCAUGGUCAACUCCGUGUGGCCGCAUGUCGGCAUGCUGUCCGAGUCGGUUCCGGUGUCAUCAGACUACCCUCCGUUUAGCGUGGCCGUGAAGGGGCUGUACCAUCACCCGGGGAACCAGAACAUGCCUGCUGUACCAGUGCCCAUUAAGCCCACACCAACUCUGGGUGGGGUUCCUUCUUUGACUGGUAUGACACCAGGAGUAACACAGCUAUGCCCGAGAUCAGCAUCGCUUAUGGAGAGAGAGGCAACGGCUCUCACGGAGGAAAAGAGUGGAUCUCUGCACCCUGCUCUUCUGCAGUCCUGAAACCAAAAAGACAGAGAAAUGAGGGUAUGUAGAGCAUGCUUUGGGGGACACAGCUGUGGACUCUUUAAUCCAAUUCGAGUUCCACCAAAAAUUGCCAACUUUAUUCAUCAUUGGUCGGGAGAGAAAGAAAUUCACAGCACUUGACUUCUGUGCUCUACUUUUGCAAACCAUAUGUACAUUUCUAAGCAUGUAUGUCUAAAUUUUUCAGAGUGCAAAAUUUGCCUCUGCCAUGUAAAAACAUUUUACUUUAUGUAAAAUAAGAUAUGUGAUAUAAACAGCUAUGUUUUAACUAAGUAAACUUUUAGACUUAUUUUUCGUGUCUUUUACAGAGACCAGCUGUAAAGGUUUUUUUUAAAACAUUGUACUGUACAAAGGACUGUAAACAUUUUCAAAAGGGAAAAUCUGUCUCUUAAAUGAUCUGUACAUUUUUAAAGCCUAAGAAAUGUUAAGGUUACACAGACUGUACAGAUUUUAACUGUGUGUUUGCACAUACCCUGACACACCUUGCAUGCAUGUAUGCCACUGUUAAAACAGUGAAGUGGAUUCAUGAAAGUCAUGAAUUAACCCAAAGUGAAUUUUGCUAAAGUACUGUAAUAAUGUUAAAUAGAAAAAUCAUUUAUGUUUAAAUAUUUGUAUAUAUGAUCUGAAAUGUUAUACAUGUAAUUAUGUAUAGAAUAUUAUUACUUACAGUAUUUGAAUUGCACUUGUGGUAUUUACUAACACAACAUUGAAAUAUUUAUGAAAGCCGAAACAAUCAAAUGUACAGUGAAUAAUAAGCAGGACUCAGUUCAGUGUGCAGUUUAACAGUGGCAUGUCAAGAUAAAAUGAAAUGGAGGCUCUUCUUUAAUAAAAAAUUGCAGAUAUAACUGUGUAAGAUUUGUAAAUUGAUUUUUUUUGAGUAAAGUUAUUUUAUAUUUUCUUUCUUAUUUGUUAGUUCUGUAAACUAAAUUAUGUAAUUGUAUUAAAAAAUAAAGGCAUACAUGUAGCCAUUUGACAGAAACGAAAAACAAAUUGAAUUAUGUAUCUGAUUAAA